AUGUCCAAGCCCCAGGUUCUCAUUUGCGGCACCAUCGUCCAUGCUCACGACGAGCUCAAGAACGAUCUUGGCUCGGUAGCAGAGAUCCUUCAACUGGACACUUCCUCGCGAGCCGAGUUCUUCCAGGCCUGCGCGUCCGGCGGCAAGUACUCCAACAUUGUGGCCAUCUACCGUCACAAUGAUUCGGCAGACAAGAUCGGCGUGUUUGACGCUGAACUCGUCAACCAGCUCCCCGCCUCGCUCAAGUCCAUCUGCCACAACGGUGCCGGCUACGACCAGAUCGAUGUGCACGCUGCCAAGGCGCGCGGCAUCACCGUCUCGCACACGCCUGCUGCUGUCGACGAUGCUACGGCGGACACGGCCAUGUUCCUGGUGUUGUCGAGCUUGCGCCAGUACUACCGUGCCGAGAUCAACGCUCGCAGUGGCAAGUGGAAGUCUGGUCUGAAGCCCGCCCACGACCCUGAAGGCAAGACGCUGGGAAUCAUCGGAAUGGGCGGCAUCGGUUCGGCGCUCGCCAAGCGCGCCGCUGCGUUCGACAUGAAGAUCAUCUACUACAACCGCAACCCCAACCCCAACGCCGAUCCCUCGUACAAGUACAUCUCGUCGCAACAGGAACUGCUCGCCCAGUCCGACGUCGUCUCGCUCAAUCUGCCGCUCAACAAGCAGACCGAGAAGUCAUUCGGAAAGGCCCAGUUCGACCAGAUGAAGGACGGCGCCGUGCUGGUCAACACCGCCCGUGGCGGCGUCGUCGAUGAAGAGGCCCUCAUCGAGGCCCUCACGUCCGGAAAGCUCUCCAGUGCCGGCUUGGACGUCUACCCCGCCGAGCCCAAGAUCGACGAGCGCCUCGUCAAGAUGGACAACUGCAUCCUCCUGCCCCACAUGGGCACCGAGACGGUCGAAACACAAAAAAAGAUGGAGGUCCAGGUGUUCGGCUCCAUCAAGACCGCCCUCGAGACCGGAAAGCCGUCUUUUAUCGUCAAGGAGCACAAGUGA